CUCGAUGCCAACGCCGCGACUCUAAGUUAGUUUCGUUGUUUGUUGCUGCUUUGCUUAGGAUUUUGGGGUCUCGGGAUUCGAUUUCCAGCCUUCGCCUCCCAGCUGAGAUGAUGGUGAUUGGAUUCCGCUUGAACGUAAUGGUGGUUGAAGAUAUACUGAAGAAUAAGGAUUUAUGAUUUAUUUGUGUACCCCAUGAGUCUGAACUCUAUGGCUUUCAAGCAAAAGAAGCGACUGAAGAACACAAGAAACAAGUAUCUAAAACCUGGUGCACUUGCCCAAAUCUGUUAUAACAAGACGUCAAGCAAAUCAUGCACAGAUAUUGGGAAGAAGAGGACUGUGUUGGAGUCAGAGAAGGAAGAAAUUGGUCUAAUGAGGGAAGCUGAGGUUAUUCAAAGUAAUACACCUGUGACGUCUCCCACUAAGGUCAGCUCCCAGCCAGCAAUAGAUGAGGCCAAACAUCAAAACCUGCCUGUAACACCUAAGACACCACAAAGUGCAGUGUGCGACAGGCAAUCAAGACUUGAAACUCUCCCUAUGGAUCUUCUGAUUAAAAUCCUAUGCCAUCUGCAUCAUGAUCAGCUAAGGGCUGUUUUCCAUGUUUCUCAGCGAAUUCGAACAGCUGUACUUAUGGCUAGGCAAUUGCAUUUCAAUUAUACAACUCCCGACCGGUCUAGGCAAGAGAUGCUGAGAAAUAAGACCCCCCUUCCAACUGAACAUUGGCCUUUUGCAAGCAAAGCAGGAAGGAAGGGUACGUGGGGAUCUAGUCCACACACUCCUAAAGCUCCAAGACAUGGUUGUCGUUCUUCUCGUCUUCACCUGAUGGACGUGAAACAGAUUGCAGCUGUCCUAUUUCAGGAGCCCACACUGCCCCCAAGACACAUGAUGCCGCCAUGUUUAUCAAGGCCAGUUUUCAAGCCCAUUGCUUCUACUAGAGUUCUAUUCUAUGAGGAAGAGCUCUGUCAGGCAGUAGCCCAGAAUAAGCUCCGUUGACACUCCUAUCUUCAUCAAUUUUCCAUAUAUUUCUUUCCGUUAGCUACUCAAUGUAUAUGCCUUCUUUUCCUUUCAUAAUGCCAUGUGCAGGGUUAGCAGCUUAUGGUUGCUGCCUCAGGUUUUAGAAGUUAAGAGGGCAUAUAGA